GUCACUGUGUGUCAUUCAGCUCCAAAACUGUGUGCCACAGUUGCGGAAACUGUGACCGGAAUGCAAAGACGACCAAACCCAUGUCUCAUAUCCCGACCACGUUCAACCUUUUUGCCCGGCGUGGAUCUGGUCGAUCGCUCCUCUGAUCCGGUUCGAUCCCGACUGACCACGACAACUGCCAGACCUCGGCCGGAACUCUACUUGAUUUCUGCACGCAAUUCAACCCGUCAGGCGGACACAACUCCACAGCCCAACGGGGACCCGGUUGAUUUGGAUUGGACAGUUGGUUCGAACACGGCCUCCUCAACCUCAGUGCGACAGCGUCGCAGCCGUGAUGCCACAGAUCGAAUCGGAGUAUUGUGUCCUAAAGAGUCCCCAGUGCGAACCACUCGAACAUCCUCCAGUGAUUUCCGAACCAACUUCAAUAUCCAAGCCCGCGUAAAUGUCCGGGCAGUUGGGAUGGGACAAUGGGCAUACGGUUCAUCAAAACAUUACACGUCCGGACGCGUUUGGCUGGUUCAGAUCAAAGUCGUGCGCGUCGUCCUGUUCGAUGCGCCUGGUGGAGCACUUGGAUUUACGCGCCGUGCAAUUGAGAACAUAUCGCCUGUUUGCACAGUUUCCACGCCUGUGAAUACGACCACGGCAACCGCAGCAGCUGUAUCGGGUGAUGUCACCAGUGAUCCACGCGAUAGGCUGGCGGACACUGAAGUGGAACAAACGGUAGCCGAUCAGGACUCUGUUUGGUGGCUCAGUUUAUUGCCUUACAAACCUUCUAAUUUACCCACCAAUUUGGCCGAUCGUUUACGCCAACGAAAUAGUUUGGUUUUAGCUCGGUGUUCGCCCAGUGCACGGUUGUCAAAUAGUUCCUUACCAACUACGCUUCCUCACCUGGUCCAUCCGACUCCUCCAUCAUCAACUCAACCUCCUGGUAUCGGUUCACGCCUGGGUGUCCCAAUUCAUUUAGCGGGUGAAUCGCUCCGGUCUCAACCAAUGAUGAUGAUGAUGAUGACACAAUCCUUAUACGAACAACGGGAUCCUCCUGAUCAAGCCUAUAUGACAUCAUCUGAUCAGUUAUCCCCACCGGAUAUGACCACACCUCGAGGUAGCCGUCAAGAGUUACGCUCUGGUCGUCCUUCUCGAUAUCGACUACCUACCAGACCGUCCAGUCUCUAUGUGGACAAACCAGAUCCACCGGCCAUCCUGAUGCCGUCGUUAGCUCAUUUAUCAGCAAUCGGUUGCUCAUCCAGCGGGGAGACUGGACUGAGUCGACCGGGAACUUUGUGGGAUAGACGAGCCUCAGCUGGUCACAUCAACCAAUCAGAUGGUUCCUCGUCCGGACCAGGGACUAGUCCCAGCCCAAGCGGAGAUAGUAACUUUGCAACUGAGGGCCCAACAGAUCCACUUUCCAUGCUUUCCUCGUAUACAAGUACAACUAUACCGCCCACAGACCCCAUACUGACAAAAACAUGGUCCGCCGAGAAAACAGACAGUCCACUGUUGGGACAGUAUUGUCGACUGCUCAAUUUGCGUACGGUUCAAUCAAAUCCUACUGGACCAGGCGCUUCAGCAACAAACAGUGACUUGCCAACUCCAUCAGCAGAAACACCACUGACUCCAGUCUGA